CCGAGGAUGGCGCACGCUCUGUACGGCGCCGACGCCGGCUGGCCGGAGUCACGGCAGGCGAUGCCGAUAUCCAGGCCGAAGCCCCCCUCCGACCCCAUACCCGUGCCCUCCCCGGCGGCUGGCAGGCGUUGGUCUCCUGCCAUGGGGGCAUACUUGCUUCAAGACAGCUGGACAGAGCACGGCCCCGGGAUGAACGCCGCCGUUGCGGCGCUGCCGGCGUUCUCAAGCCAAGAAUCGCCGGAGAAUUCGCCGCUCUGGCCUGUGCCACUCUUCCGCCAAAAUGCGUUCUCAGAGUUCCUUCCCUCCUCCCUCUUCCAGAGGAGCCUGAGCAGCCAGUCGCUGGAGCAACUGAGCCCGCCGCUCCCGCAGCACAAGGGUGCUCCUUUCCGGCCGUUUUUCGGGUCGCCGGUGCAGAAUUCGGUGCUGGAAUCCGAAUUGUCCGAUGCCCAAUCCAGCCCACCAACUAUGCGGAAAGUCUUCAGUACUGGAGAUUUACAGAAAUUAUCUUUAGGCCAUGAAUCAGGAAGCCCAUCGGGACAUGAACAUUUCUGCAACGGAAUGCAGAAAGUUGCUCGAUAUAAUGCAGAGGAGAAGAAGGAAAGGAUACAACGAUACAGGAGCAAAAGGAACCAGAGGAACUUCAAUAAGAAGAUCACGUACGCCUGCCGGAAAACAUUGGCGGACAGCCGGCCGCGCGUGAGGGGCCGAUUCGCGAGGAAUGAAGAACAUGGGGAGAGCUCUGCACAGGUUCAGUGGAAUCAUAUUGAAGAUGAAGAUGAUGAAGAAAGCUGGAUGCAUCUCUUUGACGCAAACUACAUUCCAAUUCCUUAGAGGCAGGAUAUAAGUCUUCUGUAUCCAAGUAGAAUCUUUAGCUCUGCAGAAACUUUACUAGUUCCUAUGAAAUUGUUGUCAAUAUUGGCAACUUGUAUGAUAUUUUUGAGGAACAACAAGAAGUUGAAUAAACUUUAGCCUAGUACAUUGCAGUGGCCCUCUCGUAUUCUUCUUCGAAUUUCUUGAAGGCCAAAAGGUUUAUUCAUGGCAGACUUCUGUCAAAGCAAAGGCUUCUGUCUGGGCACAAGUUAUUGCCAAUCUUUUUUUUUAUACA